AUGGCACCCACAGUGCCGGAGCUGGACGCUGUCGUGCGUGCCUUUUACGAAGGCCGCGGCGAACAGCAAAAAGCAGCCGAAAGUGCUCUGAACCAGUUCAAGGAAGAUCCUGACGCCUGGCUCAUUGUCGACCAAAUUCUCUCCGAAGCAACGUACCCGCAGACCAAGUUUCUAGCCUUGCAGGUCCUUGACCAUGUCAUUAUGACAAGAUGGAAGGUUCUUCCCCGCGACCAGUGCCAAGGCAUCCGAAACUUCGUCGUCCAGUUCAUCAUCCAAUGUUCCAGCUCUGAAGAAUUGCUCCGAGAGCAAAAGACCCUGCUGAACAAGCUCAACCUCGUCCUAAUCUCCGUCCUCAAGCAGGAAUGGCCCCACAACUGGCCGACCUUUAUAAACGAGAUCAUCACGGCUUGCCACUCGAGCUUGUCGAUUUGCGAAAACAACAUGAUCAUCUUGCGGCUGCUGUCCGAGGAAGUCUUUGACUACUCUGCCGAGCAGAUGACGUCCACGAAAACGCGCAACCUGAAGACCACCAUGUGCGCGGAGUUCUCGCAGAUCUUCCAGCUCUGCUCGGAGAUCCUGAACACCGCCACGCAGCCGAGCCUGGUCAAGGCGACGCUCGAAACCCUGCUGCGGUUUUGCAACUGGAUCCCGCUCGGUUACAUCUUUGAGACGCCGCUCAUUGAUACCCUCCGCACCCGCUUUCUUGAAGUGCCCGAGUUUCGCAACGUCACCCUGCAGUGCCUGACGGAGAUCGGUGGACUGCAGACCUCUGGCCCCGGUCAAGUGAGCAACUACGACGAGCAGCUUAUCAAGAUGUUCACCGAGGUCCUUACCACCAUCGCCAACAUCAUCCCCUUGUCGAUGGACCUCAAGACCACCUACCCUCAGAGCAACUCGCGGGACCAGGAGUUUGUCCAAAAUCUGGCUCUGUUCCUCGGCAACUUCUUCACGAUGCACCUAAGCCUUAUCGAGAACUUGCCAAACCGCGACUUUCUCACCCACGCCCAUUUUUACCUCAUCCGCAUCUCGCAGAUUGACGACCGGGAAAUCUUCAAGAUUUGCCUGGACUACUGGCUCAAGCUGGUCCAGGAGCUCUACGAGGAGAUGCAGUCUUUGCCUAUCACAGACGCUAACCCGCUCCUCGCCAUGGGCACUCUGACGUCGAACGGGGCACCAAAUCCAACAUUGCUCAACAAUUACCCUCUAAGAAAGCACAAGUACAAGGAGAUUCUCUCCAAUCUCCGCAUCGUCAUGAUCGAGAAGAUGGUUCGCCCCGAGGAAGUGCUCAUUGUGGAGAACGACGAGGGUGAGAUCGUUCGCGAGUUUGUCAAGGAGAGUGAUACCGUGCAGCUGUACAAGACGAUCCGCGAAUGCCUUGUCUACCUCACCCAUCUCGACGUUGUGGACACGGAGCAAAUCAUGACCGAGAAGCUGGCCCGCCAGGUGGACGGCUCCGAAUGGUCUUGGCACAACUGCAACGUGCUUUGCUGGGCCAUCGGCUCCAUCUCUCUGGCGAUGAACGAAGAAACAGAGAAGCGGUUCCUGGUCACCGUCAUCAAGGAUCUGUUGGGACUUACCGAAAUGAAACGCGGUAAAGACAAUAAGGCAGUUGUGGCCAGCAACAUCAUGUACAUUGUUGGACAAUACCCCCGCUUCUUAAAAGCUCACUGGAAGUUCCUCAAAACCGUCGUCAAUAAGUUGUUUGAGUUUAUGCACGAAUCUCACGAAGGCAAGUACCCCCCCAUCAACGACACACCUGUUUUUACCGUCGGGCGCCAGCUAACUUUUGUUCCCAUACUAGGUGUGCAGGACAUGGCUUGCGAUACUUUCAUCAAGAUUGCAAAGCAGUGCCGUCGUCAUUUUGUCGCACUGCAGCCGAGCGAACACGAGCCAUUCAUCGACGAAAUUGUGCAGAACCUCCAAGCCGUCACCUGCGACCUCAGCCCACAGCAGGUACACACCUUCUACGAAGCGUGUGGCUACAUGGUCUCUGCCCAGGGCAACCGAAGCCAGCAGGAACGCCUGCUGGCAGAUCUCAUGGCGCCUCCCAAUCUUGCUUGGGAUGCGAUCAUCAAGUCCGCCACAGCCGAUCCGUCGAUUCUGCAGGACUCCGACACUAUUAAGAUCAUUGGCAACAUCAUGAAGACGAAUGUUGCCGCCUGCACGUCGGUCGGCCCGUACUUCUACCCCCAGAUCGGGCGGAUCUAUCUCGACAUGCUCCAGAUGUAUCGUGCCACGAGCCAGCUCAUCUCUGAAGCUGUUUCGCGCGAAGGCGAAAUCGCGACAAAGAUGCCCAAGGUCCGGGGGCUGCGGACGAUCAAGAAGGAGAUCCUGAAGCUGAUCGAGGUCUUUGUCGACAAGGCUGAGGAUCUACAGUCGGUACGGACGCAGAUGGUGCCACAGCUGCUAGACUCGGUGCUUGUGGACUACAACCGCAACGUACCCGGUGCCCGUGACGCAGAAGUGCUGAAGGCCAUGGCCGCUAUUAUAACGAAGCUUGGCGGUCUGAUGGAAGACCAAGUGCCGACUAUCAUGGAGAACGUGUUUGAAUGCACGCUCGAGAUGAUCAACAAGGACUUCUCCGAGUUCCCGGAGCACCGUGUCGAAUUCUUCAACCUGCUACGGGCUAUCAACCUGCAGUGUUUCCCCGCUCUUCUGAAGCUCGACAACCGGCAAUUCAAGUUUGUGAUUGAUGCAUGCCUGUGGGCGAGCAAACACGACAACCGGGACGUGGAGGCUGCUGGACUGGGCAUGUGCUUGGAGCUCAUCAACAACGUGGCAGAGAAGACGGACACGGCUACUUCGAACGCGUUCUUCAAUCAGUUCUUCAUUCUCAUCCUCCAGGACGUGUUCUACGUCCUCACCGACACGGACCACAAGGCCGGGUUCAAGACACAGACGGCACUUUUGGUACGGAUGUUUUACUGUAUUGCGCCGGCAGAUGGAAGCGCGCCCAAGAUCCAGGGCCCUGUCUACCAACCCGACCAAGCCCAGCCAGGCACGAGCAACAAGGAGUUUCUUGCUAACUACGUCGGAAAUCUUUUGCAAAAUGCCUUUACCAACCUGCAAGCAUCGCAAAUCCAGUCUUUUGUCGAAAGCCUCUUCAUGCUCAACACCCAGCACGACAAGUUCCGGCUGAGCCUGCGCGACUUCCUCAUUUCUCUCAGAGAAUUCUCGGGCGACAACGCAGAGCUGUAUCUGGCUGAGAAGGAGCAGCAAGAGCACGACGCGAAGCAGGCCGACCUCGAGCGCCGGUCCAAGGUGUCUGGUCUUCUCAAGCCGUCGGAGCUGGAGCAGGACGACGAGCUGUGA